AUGGCUAAGCGGCAAGCUCAGACACGGCCAACGAGCUUAGAAACUGCCCCGGCGGCCUCCUGGUCACCGUCGCCGUCACCCUCUCCGCCCUCCUCCCCCUCCGCACGCUCGCCCGACCUGUCGCUCUCGCACGCCGACCGGCUGAAGCUGCUCGAGCAGCAUGGACCGAUGCGACCGUCCGAGUUGGGGCUGCCGAACGGGAAGGACAGGGAAAAGGAGGCGAUGGUCGUGUUCAGUCCGGAGGAAUUGGAGAGACUGGUUCAGCAGCAGCAACUCGGUGGAAGUGAGGGAGCGGAUGCGGUCAAGGAGGCUAUCAACGGGGCUCAAGUAGGAGAGGAGCUGGACGUGGAGGCGGAGGAUCUCAUGUUGUGGGAAGAGAUCGUCAAUGCAAUUCUAUGGACGGUUCCGUUCGGGUUUCUCUUUACUGGCAUGGACUAUGCAGUACACGCACAGUUUGGGCAGGAACUCGUUCCUCGAGAAGAACUCACCCGGUUACUGAACUUCCUCCCAGCUCUGUUACUGCUCAACUUCCUCGUUUCGCGCCCCUCCUCACGCACCCUUCUCCCUCCAACGAUUCUCCAAUCCGCCCUGACGGUCCUCUCCAUUUCCACCGGCAUCUCGACGAUCCACACUUGCACCUCAGAAGGCUAUCUGCGCGUCAUGAGCCGCGCGCCGGCGCUAGGCGUCGUCUGGUGCUGGACAAUCGUCCGGCUAGAGCUGGGAUGGUCGGUGUUGGCGCUGGCGGGGGUCGGUCUAGGGGUUUGGGCGAGGGGAGGCGAUAUGAAGUGGCUCAAGGGGUUGGUCUGA